GAAUAUUUGAUCGUCUGACUUCCCGCUCCUGCGCAGUCUCCCUGGCCUAAAACACCACUUUAACUUUCGUAUUUUCUUCUCUCUCCCCUCCGCAAACAUGUCGGAGUACAGCUCGGUACCGGCACCCGGGGCUGGAGCUCCUCUCGGCGGACAUCUAGCUAUCGGUAACGGUGGUGGAAUAAAAAAAGAUGCCUUUGCAGACGCGGUACAACGGGCCCGGCAGAUUGCUGCCAAGAUUGGUGAAUGUGCAGGGUAGCCCCUAUGAACAACAUCAAUGCACCAGACGUCUUUCCCUUCACAGCAAAGAAACGACAGUUGGAGGACCCAGAUCAACCUGAGAGCAAGAAAAUGGCUCCACAGAGUGACGUGGACUCAGCCACAGCUCUCUCUAUCGGAGCCAACUGGCAGCACUGGCCCAGCAGAGUGCCAGGCUCACAACCACCUCAGAGGAGUACAGUGUCCUGAUGGAAUGGUGGGACUCAUCAUUGGCCGGGGCGGAGAACAGAUCAACAAGAUCCAGCAGGAAUCAGGCUGCAAGGUUCAGAUAGCCCCAGACAGUGGAGGUUUACCAGAGAGGAGUGUCUCUCUCACAGGGUCCCCAGACUCCGUACAGAAAGCCAAGAUUUUAUUGGAUGAGAUUGUGUCUCGGGGGAGGGGCACGCCCCCCUCAUCCUUCCACGAGGCGACCAAUGGACAGAGUGGCUCAGGGCAGGAGAUGAUGAUUCCCGCAGGCAAGGCUGGCCUCAUCAUCGGCAAGGGAGGGGAGACCAUCAAACAGCUACAGGAGCGAGCAGGAGUGAAGAUGAUCCUGAUUCAGGACGCGUCUCAGGGACCCAACAUGGACAAGCCCCUGCGCAUCAUCGGGGAGCCAUACAAAGUGGAGCAAGCCAUGGAGUUGGUGCAGGAGAUACUGAGGGAGAGGGAUCAGCCUGGCUUCGGAGACAGGAACGAGUACGGCUCCCGCAUGGGGGGAGGUGGAAGAGCCAUGGACGUUCCAGUGCCGCGACACUCUGUCGGGGUGGUGAUUGGUCGCAACGGGGAGAUGAUCAAGAAGAUUCAGAACGACGCAGGAGUUAGGAUACAGUUUAAACCAGAUGAUGGCACAGGUCCAGAUAAGAUGGCCCACAUCAUGGGCCCACCGGACUGCUGUGACAAUGCUGCCCAGAUCAUCCAGGAGCUACUAGCAGAGCAUCAGGGUCAAGAGAGGAGGGAGGAACAGGGAGUACUCCCGCGGGCCUCCAGUCGCAUGUCCCGAGGGUGGCGCAGGGGCCGCAGCCGAGGGGCAGGGGAGCUGGGUCCCCCUGGUUGUGGAGGAGGAAUUACUUUCUCCCAUUUCCGGGCCACAAGUUGCCUUGUGAUCGGACGGGCGGGGAAAACAUCAAGGCCAUCAACCAGCAGACUUGGCCUUGUGGAGAUCAUUCCCGCCAAGCGUGCCCCCAAACGGCGACCCUGA